AAAAGUUCCACAUUCUGCACGGGGCAGUAAGACAGUCAUCUGCGGUCUCUGUGCUUUAUUGUUUUUAUUAUUAUUAUUAUUAUUAUUAUUAUUAUUACAUUUGGUAUAAAAUGGCUGCGGAAGUUGUGGAUGAUCAUGAGGUGAGGGAAGCUCAGAGAGAUUACCUGGAUUUCCUCGAUGAUGAUCAGGAUCAGGGGAUCUAUCAGAGUAAAGUCCGGGACAUGAUCAGUGAGAAUAAAUUCCGUCUCAUCGUCAACAUUAACGACCUGCGGCGCCGCAAUGAAGCACGCGCUGCUAAACUGUUGAGCAACGCAUUCAACGAGCUCCUGGCUUUCCAGCGUGCUUUGAAGGAUUUGGUUGCGUCUGUCGAUGCCACAUACGCCAAGCAGUUUGAGGAGUUUUUCAUCGGACUGGAGGGCAGCUUCGGGAGCAAACACGUCACUCCUCGUACCCUCACCUCCCGCCUGCUGGGCUCCAUGGUGUGUGUGGAGGGAAUCGUUACCAAAUGCUCUCUCGUGCGCCCCAAGGUAGUACGAAGUGUCCAUUAUUGUCCAGCAACCAAGAAGACGUUAGAGCGCAAAUACACAGACAUGACCUCACUGGAUGCCUUCCCUUCCAGCGCCAUCUACCCGACUAAGGAUGAAGAAAACAACCCCCUGGAGACAGAGUUUGGUCUGUCUAUCUAUAAAGACCAUCAGACUAUCACAGUUCAGGAGAUGCCUGAGAAGGCUCCGGCUGGCCAGCUGCCUCGCUCGGUGGACAUCAUCCUGGACAACGACUUGGUGGAUGCUGCCAAGCCAGGAGAUCGUGUGCAGAUCGUCGGCACCUACCGCUGUCUGCCGGGCAAGAAGGGAGGCUUCACCUCUGGUACCUUCAGGACCAUUAUGAUAGCUUGCCAAGUGAAGCAGAUGAGCAAAGAGGUCACUCCGUACUUCUCAGCUGACGACGUGGCGAAGAUCAAAAACUUCAAAUCUCGCACCAUGAAUGUGUUCGACCAGUUGGCUCGCUCUUUGGCUCCCAGUAUCCAUGGUCAUGAGUACAUCAAGAAGGCUAUACUGUGUAUGCUGCUUGGUGGAGUAGAGAAGGUUCUAGAAAAUGGAUCACGCCUCCGUGGGGACAUCAACGUCCUCCUUAUAGGCGAUCCCUCUGUAGCGAAGUCACAGCUACUGCGCUACGUGCUACAUACAGCACCUCGUGCUAUCGCCACCACGGGUCGCGGCUCAUCGGGUGUCGGUCUCACUGCAGCCGUCACCACCGACCAAGAGACAGGUGAGCGGCGGCUGGAGGCCGGCGCCAUGGUGCUGGCUGAUCGAGGCGUGGUCUGCAUCGACGAAUUCGACAAAAUGUCUGACAUGGACCGAACUGCGAUCCACGAAGUCAUGGAGCAGGGGCGUGUCACCAUCGCCAAGGCGGGGAUCCAUGCUCGUCUGAACGCCCGCUGUAGCGUCCUGGCAGCAGCCAACCCUGUAUACGGCCGGUACGAUCAGUAUAAAACCCCCAUGGAGAACAUCGGGCUGCAGGACUCUCUUUUGUCUCGUUUCGAUUUGCUGUUCAUCGUGUUGGAUCAGAUGGACCCCGAACACGACCGUGAGAUUUCCGACCACGUUCUGCGUAUGCACCGGUACCGGGACCCUCGCGAGCAAGAAGGAUCAGCGAUGGCUCUGGGUGGUACGGUGGAUGUGUUGGCCACCGACGACCCCGACGUGGUGCAGGAAGAAGAGGAGGCGCUUCAGGUGUAUGAGAAACAUAACCAUCUUCUCCAUGGCAGCCGGAGACACAAGGAUCGAGUGCUGAGCAAAGAGUUCAUGAGGAAGUACAUUCACGUUGCCAAGGUGAUCAACCCGGUAUUGACCCAAGAAGCAGCCAAUCACAUCGCAGAGGAAUACACGCGACUGCGGAACCAGGAGCAGCUGGGCUCGGAUAUCGCCCGGACCUCCCCGGUGACAGUCAGGACUCUGGAGACUCUGAUCCGCCUGGCCACGGCACACGCCAAGGCUCGCAUGAGCAAAUCUGUGGAGCUCGUGGACACGGAGGUGGCUGUGGAGCUAGUUCAGUUUGCCUACUUUAAAAAGGUUCUUGAGAAGGAGAAGAAGCGUAGGCAAGGAGAGCGUGAUGCGGACUCUGACGACGAGGAGGAGGAGGAGGAGGAAGAUCAAGGCACUCCCAGACAACAAAGGAAGAGGAGGCGGCGUUCGACCGAGCGCAGGCCGUCACAGAGCAGCGAAACCUACGACCCUUAUGACUUCACCACCGAGGCAGAAGUACCUCAGAUCCAAUCUCCGGCUCCUGCGAGACCUAGUGAGGAGCCCAUGGAGACGCCCGAGCAAAACGGCCAUACAGAGCUAACAGCAGAUAGGCUGAAGGAGUUCAAAGCCGCCUUGCUGGAGGUCUUCCGCGCUGCACACGCUCAGUCGGUGGGCAUGAACGCUCUAAUGGGAGAGAUCAACAAGGACCGCUCUGCUCCGUUCGGGAAGCCCGAGGUCCAGGCCGCUCUCGCGCGGAUGCAGGACGACAACCAAGUCAUGGUAGCUGAUGACAUCAUCUUCCUCAUUUAAAGAGGAUGGGAAGAGAGAACGGAGGAAAUGAGAACACUGCAGAGUGUGGACUUUUUUUUUUGCACAUACGCAUUUGGACACGGACGCUUCGACUCUUUUGUAAUUCACAUGCAUAGCUUUCAUUUCAACGACAGCCUACUUUGUGCAUAAGCAUGUUUAUUGCUGUGAUUUUUAUUGUUUUAUAUGUUGGUUUUUUUUCAGCUUUUAAGAAAAAAAUACUAAAAAUUAUUCAGCUAUUUCCAUUUUGAUCAAGUCGUGGUGUGUGUGUGUGUGUGUGUGUGUGUGUGUGUGUGUGUUGUCUAUUGCUCAAAGAAGGUUAUGUUUUAGUUCACUGGAAAAAUAAAUGAGCUUUCGACUUCUUUUCAGUUUGAUUGACUGGUUGGUUUUUACCAGUUUCUCUUCAUCCUUAAUGUAGAUAAAGUAUUCCAACACAAUUCAGCUCCCACGGUAAAGUACAGAUUUUGUGACUCAGAUAUUUUUUAAAAAAUCCGGAAACAUUUCUGUGGCUUUCCGCUUCUGUUACUUUUUGCAUAAUCCCGACAUAUUCAUUAGGAUCAGACGUUCUGUUAAUCCUGAAUGUAAAUCAUUAAAGCUUGUGGUACACAAGAGCAGUCAUUA